UUUUGAUAUCGUUUCAUACGAAUAUCUUACCAGUUAUUCUACAGUGGCCGGGUGGCCGGGUGGCCGGAUGACCCGGGAAAUACGUUACAUAAAUCACGCAUAUUAUUAAAAUCUGCUGCUACACCCCUUUCGGUAGGGCAGCAGGCGCAGACGCAACCACAAUGAUUAAGCUGAAAGCAAUCUUACUUCUAUUACCUUGCAAAAAUGCUUCUAACAUAUAUAAAGAGCUUCGGAAGGUGGUUGACCAAGCCGUGGAGAGCGGGAAAUUAUCCGAUUUUCCGGCCGUUCAGCUCCCACUUUUCAAGGCAACAAUCAACGAGGCAUUGCGGUUACAAGCUGGUGUGGGAUUCGCUAUGCCUCGAGUCAUGGAUCAGACUAAGAUUGAGCUAUCAGGAUUGUACAUCCCGCCCGGAUGAACAAUCUGUAUGAACGCCGCCGUCGGAGGACGAGAUGAGGACGUAUACGGCCGGGGUAACGAAGAAUCGAUUUUAGGCUUGGGGGCAAAAGAUGAUAUGUGCUAAUUUAUUUGCGAUUAUGGUGGUGACUUUUAUACGCGGAGAUCUAAAUACUCACUAUAGGUUGACCGUGGCCCCAAA